AUGUCGCGCCUCGGCGCAACCUCAGGCCAGAGCGGCGCGGCGACUCCAACCUCAGGGGCAGCGACGCCCGUAACUACCGACCUGUAUCGCCCCCUGGCGGCACAGAUCCAGCGCACAGUCAACCCCGCCGGUUCAUCUACGCCCUCCCUCGCCUCUCUCCUCGGUCUCGGCGUGACGACAUACAGUGCCCGACUGAGCGGCAAGAACCUCCUCCUAACUGACAUUCCCAGCACGGGCACGACACUCGUGACUGGACGCAAGAAGAAUAAGGGCGACCCGAAGGCGCUGGCUGAGACCAAGGCGGCGCUGGCUGCGGCCGUGGCAGGAAAGCGGAGGCGGGGUCUCGGGAGUGUAAGGAAGGCGCGCGCGGUCACGGGCAACGAGACGCGAAUUGAAUAUGCCCUCCUCCUCCCGCUUCACUACCUCCACUGCCGGUACAUGGCCCAGCUGCUCCCCCUCCCUCCUUGCCCCACUACACGUCCAAUCCCCACCCCCGAAGCGCCGGCGAGCCUCGGGCCAUCCCUACUGCCCGGCCUCAGUCCUGAAGGACUGCAGAGCAAGCUCGUCAAGGCCGACCUGACGGGUGCCAAGCUGCGCGUCCGCGCCGCGCGCAACGCCUCCCUCACGGGCGUCAGUGGACUUGUGAUCGAGGAGACGGCCGGCAGCUUCAGGCUGCUUGAUCAGGAUGGGCGGGUUCGCGUCGUUCCCAAGGACGGUGCGCAGUUCGCCAUCUCGUUCCCAGUGUACACGCCGCCGGAGGAGAGCGAAGAUGUGGUUGCGGACUAUGCGGCUUUCUGCGGGCAGUGUCCUGCUAUAGAGGUGGAUAUCCUCGGGUCGUCGUUUGUGUUCCGUUCUGGCGACCGUGCGGGGCGCAAGUUUAGGCCGGCGCAGGGCUGGGGCGGGAGCGGAUGGGCCGAGGAGUGGGUGCAAGGAGAGUGGUCGUUCCUCAACGGCCUCGGCGAGGCCAAACCGUACACCAGCAGAAGGGCGCGCAAGCGCGGCAAGUCACGCCGCAAGGAUCCACUGGUACAGGGAUCUCUUCAGGUGGUUUAG